AUGUACUCUCUACCAGGAGCAACCAUGUCUGCUGCACCUGCAAGCAUCAUCUCUUCUUCCUCCUUCGUGGAGCCUCUUCUCCUUGCAGCAGCUUCGCCGGCGGCGGCAGCGGCAGCUGCAAACAGCCACCACCAAGUCCGCCAGCGCGGCCACUUGGUCCGUACUUUGGCGGCAUCAUCGUCGUCCAACACGCUGCUGCGGAGUGACUUCGAUCUCCAGGAGGGCCUGACGACGGACGUCAAACGGAUGCUGCGUCAGCGUCAGAAGAAGAGCGGCGGCGGGCGGGAGAUGCUGGUCACCAUCGACAACCUCAAGCGCCUCUGCAUCGACCACUACUUCGAGGAAGAGAUCGAGGGCGCCAUGGCGACGGGCGCCUGCACGCGUCUCCUCCACAGCGACGACCUCUUCGACGCAACCCUCGCGUUCAGGCUCCUGAGAGAGGCAGGACACGAUGUCUCAGCAAAAGACGAUGUUCUACGCAGGUUCAUCGACGGCGCCAGCGGCGACUUCAAGCUAUCUCUGAGCAACGACGUCAGAGGGCUCCUGAGCCUGCACGACAUGUCCCACCUGGACGUGGGAGGGGAGGCGGCGCUGCUCCACAGGGCCAAGGAGUUCUCGAGCAGGCACCUCGCGUCCGCCGUCAGGUACCUGGACGACCCUAGCCUCGCGGAGUACGUGCGGCAGUCCCUGGACCACCCGUACCACCUCAGCCUGACGCAGUACAAGGCCAGGCAUCACCUCCGCUACCUGCAGAGCCUGCCCUCCAGAGACGCCGCCGUGGAGAGACUCGCAGUUGCCGAGUUCCAGCUCAACAAGUCGCUGCAUCAGGGAGAGAUGCGAGAGAUUAAAAGGUGGUGGAUGGACCUAGGGUUGGCUGAAGAAAUACCUGUGGUGCGGGAUCAGGUGAUGAAAUGGUACAUGUGGUCCAUGGCAGCCCUCCAAGGAUCUUCCUUCUCCAGAUACCGGGUCGAGAUCACCAAGAUAAUCUCGCUUGUUUACGUCGUCGACGACAUAUUCGACCUCGUUGGCACCCUGGAGGAGCUCUCCGCCUUCACCGAGGCAGUCAAAAUGUGGGAUACUGUGGCUGCUGAUUCACUUCCCAGUUGCAUGAGAUCAUGCUAUAAGGCCCUCCACACCGUUACGAACGAGAUCGCAGAGAUUGCCCAGAAGGAGCAUGGAUCUAACCAUGUCAAUCGUCUUAGGAAAGCAUGGGCGGUGUUGUUCGACGGUUUCAUGGUUGAGGCGAGAUGGCUAGCGACCGACCAAGUCCCUACGGCGGAGGACUACCUACGAAACGGCGUCAUCACAUCAGGAGUGCCGCUCACAUUUAUGCACAUAUUCAGCAUGCUAGGGUAUGAUGACCCAAGCACCGAGGAAGAAGAAGAAGCGAUCAUCGACCACAUGCCCUCAAUCAUCUCCUGCCCAGCCAAGAUCCUCAGGCUCUGGGAUGACAUGGGCAGCGCAGAGGAUGAGGCUCAGGAAGGAUUCGAUGGGUCGUACAGGGACUUCUACCUCAUGGAGAACCCUAGCCGCAGCCCCGGCGAGGCGGAAGCGCACAUGCGCGGCCUCAUCGCGAGGGAGUGGGAGGUGCUCAACAGGGAGUGCUUCUGCAGGAGGACCUUCCCCUCGAACCUCGUGCAGGUCUGCUUGAACACCGCGAGGAUGGUCAGCGUCAUGUACUCGUACAACAAGGAGCAGAGGCUUCCCGUCCUCGAGGACUACGCGGCGAUGAUGUUGGUGCUUUGA